GAGAUUUAGCUGAAUUCAGAAUUAAUUCAGUUUAUUUCAAUGAAACUUGCAUCGAUUCACUAUGUGAUUUGGCAAUACGUUAUUCAUUGGUCCCAAACAUGAUAAAGCAAAUUGUGAUCACUUCUAUAUUAACAGUUGGUGCAUCGAAUGUGACGAAAACAAUUGUAAUCAAUCCACAGUUUAAUUAUACUACCAUACAACUAUCAAAUCCAAAUCCGAUAGUCAGUUUAGUUUCUAUUCCGCCGACAAAAUCUAAACAACAAUUUAUACCGAAUAUUUUAACACCACUUAAAUUAACAUUGACUUUAAAAUCGAAUACAAUACAAACCAUCAAUCUUCGAUUGUACCCACCAGGUGUUUAUCAAGAAUUUCUUUUCGUUAAACCAAUAAUUUUGAGUCAGUCAUCGUCAUUGACAUAUACGAAUAUGAGCAUAGAAGUAAUUGGAACUGUAAUUCAUCUGAAUGUAGAAAAAGCUUAUUUUGAAGGAAUACAAACUGAUCAAACGUUUUCUUCAGUUAAUCAGAUAAAUUGCUUUAUGCAGUUAUAUACUGCUACUUCUGCCACACCGGUGGUGAAUUUCAAUUACAAUUUAACAUUGAAUUCUGUUUCUCUUCUCGGCACCUUUAUGUUUGCUUCCGGC